CGCCCCGCUCCGCCCGCGUCCCCCGGGCACAGCCCGCCGGCCGUGAGGGCUGUGCCGCGCUGCCCCCCCGCCCCGGGGCGCUAUGAGCCAUGAAGCCGCCCGGCAGCAUCUCCCUGCGGCAGCCUGGCUGCGGUGGCCGCUGCCACCCUGCGCUCCUGCCGCUCCUCGGCCGCCUCGUCUCGCUGCUCCUGCUCCUCCAUGGCUCCUCCUGCCCCCGGGCCCGCGCGGCUGCGGCGGCCGCCGGCCUGCAUUGGAAUGAAACAGCAAGUGGUAUAGAGGGAGAACUGGCAGAUGAAGAGAAUACAUUUCAACAGAGUAACAGCAGUAACAGUAAAAAUAACAGCUACAGCAAUGCAAUACAGAAAGAAAUCACACUGCCUUCAAGACUAAUCUAUUACAUCAACAAAGACUCUGAGACUCCUUACCAUAUCCUCGAUACUAGGGCAAGGCACCAGCAGAAACAUGACAAGGCUGUACAUCUGGCCCAGGCAAGUUUCCAGAUCGAGGCCUUUGGCUCCAAAUUCAUCCUUGACCUCACGUUGAAUAAUGACUUGUUAUCUUCCAAUUAUGUGGAGAUUCACUAUGAAGAUGGAAAACCAAAGUUUUCUAAGGGGGGAGAGCAUUGUUACUACCAUGGAAAUAUCAGAGGUAUCAAGGAUUCCAAAGUUGCUCUUUCGACUUGUAAUGGACUUCAUGGCAUGUUUGAAGAUAGUACUUAUUUGUACUUGAUAGAACCGAUGGAACUGACCCACAGUGCAGAAAGUAAAAGUAGGCCACAUAUCAUCCAAAGAACUUACGGAACACAAACCUCCAAGCAGUUGCAGGACCUUGAGACUGACUCUAGUUCUGAAUGGCCCUUUCUGUCUGAACUUCAGUGGCUGAGGAGAAAGAGAAGAAAGAGAGCAAUAUCUCGUGGUGUCUUCGAAGAAAUGAAAUAUCUGGAGCUCAUGAUAGUCAAUGACCAUAAAAUGUUCAAAAGGCACCGUUCUUCAAAUGCAUACACAAACAAUUUUGCAAAGUCUGUGGUAAAUCUUGUAGAUGCUAUAUACAAGGAACAGCUGAACACCAGGGUGGUUCUUGUUGCUGUGGAAACUUGGACAGACAGAGAUCGUAUUAAUAUUCACCCGGACCCUCUGCAGAUGCUCCACGAUUUCUCCAAAUACCGGCAGCACUACAUCAAACAGCACGCUGAUGCUGUGCACCUGCUCUCGAAUGUGACAUUUCAUUACAAAAGGAGCAGCUUAAGUUACUUUGGAGGGGUUUGCUCUGUGGCCAGAGGAGUUGGAGUCAAUGAGUAUGGCCUCCCUUUGCCCAUGGCACAGGAACUAGCACAAAGUCUUGCUCAGAACCUUGGAAUACAAUGGGACCCAGCUACAAGGAAACCAAAGUGUGACUGCACUGAAUCCUGGGGUGGUUGCAUCAUGGAGGAAACAGGGGUAUACCAUUCCAGGAAAUUCUCCAAAUGCAGCAUUGCAGAAUACAAAGAAUUUUUACUUCGUGGGGGAGGUGCCUGUCUUUUUAACAGGCCAACAAAGCUCUUUGAGACCACAGAGUGUGGAAAUGGAUAUGUAGAAGCAGGAGAAGAAUGUGAUUGCGGUUUCCGAAUGGAAUGCUAUGCAGACUGUUGUAAGAAGUGCUCUCUUUCUAAUGGAGCUCACUGUAGUGAUGGACCCUGCUGUAAUACAUCAUGUCUUGUGAGUUUUUUCCCACGAGGUUAUGACUGUCGAUAUGCAGUGAAUGAAUGUGAUAUUGGAGAGUUCUGCACUGGGGAUUCUGGACAGUGUCCACCGAAUCUUCAUAAACAAGAUGGGUAUGCCUGUGAUUCUAAUCAGGGUCGUUGCUAUAAUGGUGAAUGCAAGACAAGAGAUAAUCAGUGCAAAUAUAUCUGGGGAUCUAAGUCUUCAGGAUCUGACAAAUUUUGUUAUGAAAAGCUUAAUACAGAAGGCACAACAAAAGGAAACUGUGGAAAAGAUGGAGACCGAUGGAUUCAGUGCAGCAAACAUGAUGUUUUCUGUGGCUUUUUGCUCUGUACUAAUCUUACUAGAGUUCCUCGAGUUGGUCAAGUUCAAGGAGAAAUUAUCCCAAAUUCUUUUUAUCAUCAAGGACGCAUAGUGGACUGCAGUGGUGCUCAUGUUCUUUUAGAUGAUGAUACAGAUUUAGGUUAUGUGGAGGAUGGAGCUCCAUGUGGACCUCAAAUGAUGUGUCUGGACAAAAAGUGCCUGCCAAUUCAGUCCUUGAACAUAAGCAGCUGUCCCAUUGGUUCUAAUGGAAAAGUCUGUUCUGGUCAUGGGGUUUGUAGUAAUGAAGCCACUUGCAUUUGUAAUUUCUCCUGGGCUGGGACAGACUGCAGCAUUGAUGAUCCUGUCAGGGAUACUGGUGGCAAGAAGGAGGAAGGACCCAAGGUGAGCAUGGCCGCUAACAGGCUAAUAGGUGCAGUGGCAGGGACCAUUCUGGCCUUGGGGGUGAUUUUUGGAGGCACAGGGUGGGGAAUAGAAAAUGUCAAAAAACGAAGGUUCGAUCCAACUCAACAAGGCCCUAUCUGAAGAGAUGCCAUUCAAAAAGCUGUUUCUUGCACUACUGGAUUUUGGGUAUGAUGUCUUUGCUGUAGGUGCACAGGAACUAAAUCUGUAAGGAAGAACUUGAGAAACAGUGACUAAACACAAUAUUGGGAUAUUGGAAUGUGAGUUGGUAGAACACUGUCCUUUUUGGAGAUAAGUUGGAAAUACUUCCUCUAUUCACCUUUCUCUUGGUAACAUUAACUGACAAGUGUUACAAGCAAACUGUUUCAAAAUCAGGUGUUUUUUUUUCCUCAAACAAAGGAGACACACAGACCAAGUGCAAUAAGAGAACUGCUCCAAAAUAAUGGAAUAGCAGAAGAUUCUUUUCCCAGCCUGCUGGCACUCUUAACUUCACUUGAGUUCGCAUGACUUCCUUUUUCUUAUCAAACUCCAGUGGCAUGAGGAGCUAAUUUUGAAAGGGUAACCUGCAUGGCUCACAUACAAACAACCAAGUUAGCAAGCUGACCCCAAGCAAAAUCUGCAGCCCAAUAAAUACAAACCACUGGGAAGCCAGUGCCAGGCUUCAAUAGCUUUUCCAGCCACGCAGUGCAUUCUGCUGCUGGACUUGAGGGUUCCCUGCUCCAUGAGCUCACUGUCCACCUUGUUUUGGUCUCCUGUUAGUUAUGGAAGCUAGUGAAUGAUGGAUGGAAUUUUUCCAAGAAAGAAAAAGUGUAAAUAUGGAAAUAAGAUUUUGAUGUAUCAUUUUCACAGAUUAUAUAUAAAUAUAUAUAUAUAAAAAAGAGAAAAGAAUUUCCAUAUAAAAAGGUUCUAUUCUUUAUGUAAAUCUAUUUUUGAUGUUGGGUUUGGUUUUGGGUUUUUUUUUCUCCCCUUUUUUUCUGUAGCAUGUUGUACAGCGGAUGUUCUGGGCUUGCUCAAAAAAAGGCAAAUAGCAUGCAGAUGCAGGGAGUUCUGACACCAAACAGAUGUGAUCUGAAGUUUGUAUGCUUGAAACCAAAAACAAUUAAAAUGUAUAAAUGCAUAUCUAUGUAUUGACUAUAAGUCUGGAUUACUUUUUUUGGCUGUUAUGCAGACUUUUCCAUAAUAUAGGAUAAGUAACACCCUCUCAAGAUAAUCACAGAAGUGCCAAGCUCUUUUUUUUUUAAGUGUAGCUAGUUUUUUUCCUGUAAAAUAAAAACUUAAAUAAGCCUUAAAAUACUCACAAAAUGUUAAAAGCUUGGAAUGAGUUAUUCUUCUCUUGCCUUCUGCCCAUCCACUCAAAGCAACUUGCAAAGGUGACUGACAUUUCUAACUCACUCCCUGUAUCUCUUUGAUGCAUCUCACUUUUCAAAGUUUAAUGCAAGAUUAAUACUUUGACCCUUGGCUACUGAUAGCCAGUUACCAUCACAACGUGUACAGAAUGCCAUGUAAGUUCAGGGGGUUGUGUGUUGUUAUUACUUUUAGAUACACCUUGCAUACAAGCAGAUUUUUGCAGAGAAGUCCUGGGCAGCAGUACCGUGCCCCAGGAACCAGGCUAGCCUGGCUGCAUCUGCCUUGAGAAAGGUAUGGGCAGAUGUCUAGGCCUCCCUAAAAGUAUAGAGCUGUCCAGUCUGGCUCAUCCUUUGCAUCUUGGCUUAAAACAGGUAAUUUGGUCAUUGUAAGUGAAGUGACCUAAAAAUUUAAUUUCUGCGUCUGAUAAUCAGAAUUAAAGACUUUUGUAAUUUUGGCUUUAAUUUAAAAGUUGAAUAUUAGUAACAACAGAAGCCCAGUUACAUUACAUACUCCAUCUUUUUUCAGUGAAAUCCAUUACCCAAGUUAGCUUUAAGAGCCAAAACAUUAAGAAAAUGCUGCAGAUUUCCUGUGACUUAGAAAACAUCAUUUCAGUUAUUUUUCUUAUUAUGAUAAUGUUCAAUUCAACAGUCUCACAAGAGAGGUACAAUAUAUUGUUUUGCUUGACAGUUAUUAUUAAAUUUUUUAAUCAGCUUUAACAUAAUCACAUUAACACAACUACAUUAUGAGUUAAAGGUGCUGCACACAGGUAGUUGACAUUACUAUGAAUUAUAAAUCUUAUUCUGAAUAAUUCCUGCCUGGUUUCAAGCAAAAUUACAUUAGUGACAAUCCUUUGAUGGCAAACCAAAAAUACUUGCAACUAUAUUAUGGUUAUCUAAAAAUGCUUUGCUUCAUAACAUCCAACUUUGUUAGGGUUCUGCUUCCAAAGCAAGCAUAACCCACAACAGAAACACUAGUGGUUACCAAAAAUUAAAAUAAGUAAAAUCAACUGGAUAUACAUAAACUACCUGUGUAAUAAACCUUGAAGAAGCAUUUCACAAACAACAUCAUUAGUGUGUGAUGUGAUGUUUUAAAUCAGACCACAGUGGUCCCCAACUAUUAUGAACAUAUGUUCAGUGCUGGAGUAACUUUUUUAUUUACACCAGCCCUUUCAUAGGACUUACAAUUUCUUGACUGAAUUUAUGCUUCACUCAUCAGCCAUUGUGUGUACGUGGAAGAACACAUUCGCCUUCUGCCCUGUGUGUGCACAACACAAGUGACAACACAGCUCAGAGUAGGUACUGGAUGAAGUGCUUCUCAUGGCAGUAGAUAAAAAAUUGGGUUUGGUAGGUGUUGAUUUUCUACAUCCCACCUUUGCUGUGCUUUGGGAAGUGCAUAUCCAUUUAGUGUUACUUUGUUCAUUGCAAAGUGUCAUCAAAAGAAGACUGGGUUGACUCUGCCUCCAUUUCAUCCACUCUACAUUUGCUCCAUUAUUUACCUACUCAGUUGGACAAGAAACUGUGGUAACUGUAUAGCUCAUUCCAGUUUGCUGCAUGAUCUUAUGAUUUGAUCUGAUGCUCCUAAAAGAGAAGUCUGCUAGGCAAAUUAACAGCUGUAUAGGUGCAUGUUCAAAGAAAAAGAUUACUUAAGGCUGGAGUUUAACCAAUUUUUCUUUACUAUGCAAAGAUGGGUAUUGCACAAACAGAUGAGACAAAUGUCUGAGGAAAUGCCAUAGAAUACUUGAAGCUAUGUUUUAAGCCUAAUCAGUCAUGUUUUAUAUUCAUUACUGCUUCCACUGUUAUUCUUCCUUUUUAAAAUGAUUUGUAAUUAUUUUUUUAAGUGCACAACUUGAUGUUGUUAUAAAUCAAGUUUCUGUUUGAAGUUAAUACUCAUUCAUAUCCUGUUGGCUGCUAAUGAAUGGAAAUUCAAUAGUCCUUGUUCUGCAUAUUAGCAAGAUGAGUAUUAAAAAUGUCAUGAACGUGGAA